GCUUCUCCGGCCAUCCCUUUCGCUCCGUCGCCGACCUUCGUCUCCUCUGCGCUCUGGCCGUUCGUCGGUCAAGCCACUCUUGCGCUUUCCCGUCCUCCUCGUUUUUACCUCCACUCCGUCCGUCCAUCCACCCCGCUCUAUCUCUCCCCUCCAUCCACCCUCCAUCCAUCCUCCAUCCGCCAUCCGCACCCACUGUCCUUGAUCGCUGCUCCGCUGGAUAUCUCUGUCCGAGUCCUCUGCUUCGUAACCCUCGCUGCUUCCUGCUUUUCUCUAUACAACCCUUCCACCACCUCUCUCCCUUCUCUCUCUCGCCCUCGCUCUCUCCCUCCCUUUGCCCAUGUCGGACCUGCGUCCCCCCAAGACCAGCGACGAGUUCGCUUACCGGGCAUUCGGCUUCUGUCGACAAGUCCUCUCCCAAACCAAGCAGCACAUCUUGGCCUCGCAAUCCCGGUCGGCCGCUGCUCAGCCCUCGGCCUCCAUGGCCUCGUCCCAGACCUUAGCCGACUCCAGCCUUGGCGACUUCAACUGCGGCUCCUCCCACUCGAGCAGCCUCCACUCGCCCGACGCCAUCGAUGAGGACGACCGAGAGAAUCCGCUGGGAUUCUCCCACAUCCAGCCGGCCCUGCCCUCGUCGCUCUCGGCGUUGCUCAACGACAUUGAAAACGCCAUCGAUGUCUGCUCCAUCGGCAUCUCGCUGCUGCCGCCUCCGUGGACCCAAGCAGCUCGGGAUGCGCAUCCGUCCAACCCACUCGCCCACAACAACCACAACCACAACCACAACCAUCACUCGGACGAAGGCGAGCUGGCCCUGCCGCUACCGCAUCACCCCUCCGCUGGAGCUUUGGCUGCCACCCAGCCUUUCCCGAACCCAUCUCCCUUGACCCCGCCCCAUCAGCUGCAUGACCCGCCGCUCGACCCCCGUGUCCUGUCGCAGCUGUCGCAGCUGUCUCCGCUUGGCCCGGUGCACCUUCCGGCUCCCGGAAUCGACCAGGCCAUGCUGCCCGUGGCAGAGACACGACUCGUCAGGAAGCAACGCAAGGCCAUUGCCAUUCCCUUCGAUGUUCUCGACCGCAUCUUCAUCCAUGUCGUCGGCACCGAUGCCACCCAGACCCUCUACAACUGCUGCCUCGUCAGCCACGGCUGGAACGCCGCCGCAUCGCCUGCUCUCUGGCGGUUCCCGGAAAUCGCCAACGAAUCGACCCUCUCUCGUCUCCUCUUCUCCAGCUUCACCAACCGUCGCCAGCCCUCGCUUCUCUAUGCCCCCGGCUCCUCCCCCGCCAGCAAGGUCUACUCUCUGACUCAACACAUCCGAGUCCUGGACCUCUCCAAGAUCGAACUCCAGGAGCCCCAGGACUCGGCCGUGCUGCGGCUCCUUGCCCAAAGCACAAAGAACCUCAAGUGCCUCAAGCUCGCCUCGCCCACGCCGCUGCAAUCCACCACCCUCUCCUACAUCUUCGACACCUGCAGCAACCUCGAAUCCUUCAUCUGCCGCCGCACCGUCGUCGAAUUCACUGCCCCCAACGUCGACCCGACCUCGCUGACCUCCAUCUACGAUAUCCACCCUACCGACGAGGCCUUCUUUGCCGGCCUGGCCCGUCUGAAAAAGCUGGACUUUUGGGGAAUGCGCACCAAGAUAGACCACCAGAAGGAUCAUGCCUUCUUCCGCAAGGUCGGCUCCUACAUCGGCCCCAACCUCAAGCAGUUCAACCUCACCGAUGUCGAGGAUGGCUCCGACGAAGCCAUCAGCGGCGCCCUCAGAAACGCCCAUUCGCUGGAAAAGCUGUGGCUGCAGCUGAAUCGCGGCCUCACAGGCGAGCAGGCCCUGCCCUUCAUCGCCGCCAACUGCCCAAAGCUCCAGUUCCUGUCGCUCAUGGGCUGCUCCAAGCUGCGUGAUAUCGGCGUGAUCGACAUGACCCGGCUCAUUGGCCACCAUCUGCAAACCCUCUGGCUCGACAGCUCUCCCAUCACCGACAGCUCUAUGCACGCCAUCACCAACCAAUGCACUGCCCUCAAGACCCUCUCCAUCGCCAAAGCCUUGAUUGCGAGCGAAGACACCAUCACCCAGUUCAUCCUCAUCCGCGGUAAGCAGCUCAAGGCCCUGGGUUUGCGCAAGGUCAAGGUCGUCUCCAAUGCAACUCUGCAGGAAAUUUUGAAGCACUGCCCGCAGCUCGAGGAGCUCGACCUCCGCAGCUGCGAACUCAUCAAACGCGAGGAGAUCGAGAUCUUUGUCCGCCGCAUCCAAGUCGGACGGUCACGUUUGAGAAGCCAUGCCAGGCUCGCAGCCUCCUCCAACGGCGUGGGCCACCACGCACGCCUUCCGCCCCUCGUCUUUCUCGACAUUGACACCCGAUGGCCAACCGAGUUCCAGAACGAGAUCAAGCGGGCCAUUCCUGGCCAGAAGGUGUAUCUGCCCGACCAUAUCUGCAGACGCAUUCACAACCACGGCUAAAGCCCAUGCCAUUGGUGUCUGAACAAGACAAUAUCCACCAUGUGUAUGAACAGUCGAGAAGAUGCAACAGUGAAGCAAGAGUCAAGGAAGCAGCGAAGGAAUUGGCAGCAAUCGAGGCAGUUGUAAAGGAACAGAGUUUCCUGCCCCCUUCACCAAACAAGAUAGUAACGAAUCGGUCACCAAAGAAGACAGAGAGAAGUA